CCCACUGAAUGGGUAAUCUUUUGCGAUCGAUUACUUGUUGGUCUUGUUCUGAGCAGCGCCUUCGCCUUGUGGAAUGCGUGGAAUCCCUUUUAUACGGUCUAUGGUGGAAUCUGUGGGCUGACCCUUGCGAAAAUCCUUACUGUUGCUAGCUUCACACUACAGACAUCAAGAAACGCACAAGGUGAAAGAGAUGAGCUUCUCUUCUGCACAUCUUUGUACAGUGGUAUGAUUCAAACAAGAAUCUGAAACAGGAGGCUGAGAAAACACCACCUGAGCUUACUGAGGAGCACAGGAUCAGGAAGAAAGAGGAACGCGGUUGACUACAUUCUGUCCACAUGGCAGACCCAGAGCCAGAGUGUGCUGCACCGGGACUUGAUACACUCGAGCUGGAGUGUGUUACAGCACACAUCGGGGUCAGUGAUGGACUGCGUACAGAUACAUUGAUAAAAAUGGAAACUGAUCUGGACUCCAUCGACACUGGGGAUCACAUUAAGACAGAGAGCCUAAAUGACACAGAAGAGGGGUAUGUAACCCAUCUGCAUCUUGACCAAAUCAAAACAGAGACUGAUGGAGGCUACAUUCAGGAAGGACAAGACAGUGAGUCGAAGACUCUUAAUAUUGUGGAAAUUAAUUCUGAUCAAAUGAAAAGUGAAUCCACUGAAAGUUUAGUGAAUGGUAUCUAUACAAUGAUGAAUGGAGCUGGUGUUCACCACAAAUGCCAGGCUGAACUACGGAAACGUACGGGAGAGCUUAAUCCAUGCCAUUUAAAUGAAGCCAUUCAUGAUAAAGUCAAUCAUAAAAAAUCAUAUGAAUGUAUUCAGUGUGGAAAGGUUUUUAAUUAUAAGUCACACUUAAAUGACCACCAGAGAAUUCACACAGGUGAAAAGCCCUACAAAUGUAUUACUUGUAGGAAGUGUUUUAAUCACCCAUCCAGUUUACGUAGACACCAGAGCAGUCAUUUGAGUGAGAAACCCUACAAUGAUACCCAGGAUGUGACAUGCUUUAAUAAGCAACUUAAACUGAGACUGCACAAGGGAAUGUAUACCGGUGAAAAGCCAUUCAAAUGUUCUCUGUGUGGAAAGUGUUUUUACAGACUGUCUACUUUAAACAAACACCACAGAAUUCAUACAGGUGAAAUGCCCCACAAAUGUCCACAUUGUAGGAAGCGCUUUAAUCAUACAUCCAGUUUAAGUAGACACCUGAGAAUCCAUAUAGAACAUCUCUACAAAUGUUCUCAGUGUGAGCUGGUUUUUAAUAAAGAAUCUCUUCUACAAAGACACCAGCGAUUUCAUGCAGGUGAAAAGCCAUACAAAUGUUUUCAUUGUGGUAAGUGUUUUAACCACACAUCCAGUUUAUGUAGGCAUCAGAAAAUUCAUACAGGAGAAAAAUCAUCCAGUGGUUCUCAGGAUGUGAUGCGCUUUGGUAUGCCAUCUGCUUUGUUACGACACAAGGAACUUCACACAGUUGAGAAGUCCUACAGAUGCAAUGAUUGUGGGAAAGGUUUUUCCAGACAAUCAUCUUUAUACAUACACCAGAGAAUUCAUACUGGUGAAAAGCCCUACCCAUGCAUUCAAUGUGGGAAGUGUUUUAAUCAAAAAUCCGACUUAAGUAGACACCAGAGAAUUCAUAUACGUGAAAGAUCACACAAUGGUACUCAUAAUGGUACAUGCCCCAGUAAGUCAUCUACUUUGAUACAACACAAUGGAAUUCAUACCGGUGAAAAGUCCUACAAAUGUAGUCAGUGUGAAAAGUGUUUUUAUAGACCAUCUAAUUUGCGUAUUCACCAGAGAAUUCAUACAGGCGAAAAGCCCUAUAAAUGCACUCUAUGUGGGAAGAGCUUCAAUCACACAUCCAGUUUAAGUAGACAUCGGAGAGAUCAUACAAUUGAAAAGCCUUUCAAAUGUAUUGGCUGUGAGAAGUGUUUCAGUCAUUUAUCUAGUUUGAAUCAACACCUGAGAUUUCACUGAAAGCCCUAAAAAUGUGUUGUGUGUGAGUAGUGUUUUAUUCAGGAAAUUGUAUGAACAAAACCUCUAAUAAUUCCUACGAGUGCAGGUGUCAAUUCCCUUGGGUAUAUGUCCCUCCGGGAAAUGUUUUAUAGUUAUCAAGUUUAAUAUAGCACAAAAUGGGCUGUGUCACUGCACCGGGGACUAAUGAUUUAAGUGGAUGCCCUAACUGAACAACAAAUAAAAUAUGGAAUAAAAUAUUCUGAUACUGAAAGAAACAUGAUCAAAAGCUUUGUUUACUUGGGUUCUGAAAUUCCUUCUACAAUACAGCCUUGUCCAUUUCUUUUGAUGGGCAUUUGUUAUUGUGUAUCAAAGUACUGAAAUACAUUUUGUGAUGGUAGGUUUAUUGAUUUUUAUAUCACAUUUAUGUGCCCUAUUUACAAGAAAUUGGCAUGAUUUUUUUUUUACAUUUUAGAGUAACAUAUUGUGAUAUUCGCUUUCCAGAAUGUGAAGUGGCAUUUUAAUCCCAUUUCCAACAUUUUCAGUAUGGAAAAAUAUAAGUACAAAUAUAAGAUUAUGUGGUUAUUUUCUUCUGUUUUUGAAAAAUGUUUUGUUUAAUAAUUGUAGUCUGUCUGACGUGUCCCAGGAACUGUCGAAAAAACUGCUAUUGAUGCAAUUAAAUAGCAAAUAUGAAAUGUUUAUAGUGUGCUUGUCAAAUAAGCCCUUACUUCUAUUGAGAAGGAUUACUGCUUUGAAAUUAAUCUAAAAUAAAUGAAUAAAACUUGUGAGCUGUGGAAAUGUAUGGACUUUGAAAUGCCAUUGAAAAAUGUGCUUGACCUCAAAUGUCACAGAAUGAUUGUACACUUUUAAUGAAUUGAAUCAUCUAGAUAUGACAUUAUUAGCAUGUAAUAAACAGGUUUGGUAUUAGUUGAUCAUUUUUAGUCUGUGCGCGAGAGCUAAUUUCAUGUGUUACAAUAUUAUUACUAACAUACUUUAAUUUCAGCUGUGUUCUGUCCCUGAACAAUCUUGAAAAACAAAUUCAGGAAAGGUUCACACUGAUGCAUUUUAUUUGUAGCUACACCAAAAAAAUUGUUCAGCACAGACACCAGUGAUGGCUGGUGAGAAUUGUCAUAGGUGGGGCUGCUCACUUAGAACAGUAUGGUAGAGACAGGAACAGGGGUGAAAAUCUCCUUGCUGUGAGAAUUUUGAACUGUUUUUAAAUUGUUUUUAAUGGCUUCUGAAGAGGGAAUGUUUUAAGACAGAUUAUAAUUGUUUUUUAUUUUAAUAAAGUAGCUCUUAAGCCAA